AUGGCACAACUAAAUUGUCUCAAUCUAUUUAAUGUCCAAGGUCGAGUGGCAGUAGUCACCGGCGGGAGCAGUGGAUUAGGGCUUAUGAUAUGCAAGGGACUAGUAUCAAACGGCGCCAAAGUGUACGUUGUCGCAUUACCUGGUGAUCCCAUCGAUGAUGUCGUCAAAGAGCUCAAUCGGCUCGGUUCCGAGACUGGAGGGAGUGCUUUGGGAUUUCCAUGCGACCUCUCCUCCAAAUCCUCGAUCCAAACCCUAGCUCAAGAAAUCUCCACACGAGAAACUCAUCUCGACAUGCUCAUCUCCAAUGCUGGCAUUCGUCGCGACCCUCCUAUCCAAUGCAACGUCCUCACAGCCUCCAUAACCGAACUGCAAGAAUCCAUGUGGUCCAGCAACGAGGCAGACUGGGAAAAGACUUUCCGCGUAAACACGACAGCUCAUUACUUCCUGAGCGUUGCGUUGUUACCUCUUCUCGCUGCUGCUGCGGCCGAGGGCCGCGAUCAGGGGCGUGGCGUGAUUGUGAUUACGAGUUCGUGCGCGAGCAUGCAUAAUGUCACCAAUAUAGAUCUCUCGAGUUAUGCGGCGAGUAAAGCUGCGACGGAUCAUUUGGUGAAGUUGUUGGCUGCUAAGUAUCAUCGGUUUUAUGUGAGAGUGUGUGGGAUUAAUCCUGGAUUUGUCCCGAGUAAUAUGAACCCAGUAGGUGCGGAGGGCAAUAUUUUCAGCAACUUAUUUGAUAAAGUGCCUGCGAAACGGGCCGCAGUUGCAGAGGAUAUCGCUGGUACGGUGUUGUAUCUCGUUAGCAAAGCCGGAGCUUAUGUGGAUGGAAUAUCAUUGUGUGUUGAUGGGGGGAGAAUACUUCUCGCCAAUGGACAAGAAUAG